GACGACGAGACGAUGGACGCGCCGGUGUGGUUCAUCUCGCUGGCCUGCCUCGGCGCGCUGUACGUCGUCGCCCUCUGCGCCCGGCCCCUCGCCUACCUCGCGCUCUGCCUGCGCCGGUCAAAGGACCUCCACCGCUACGGCUCCUGGGCCAUCGUCACCGGCCCAACGUCCGGCCUCGGCCGGUCCAUGGCCAUGGAGCUGGCGCGCCGGGGCCUCAACCUCGUGCUCCUCGACCUCGACGCCGCCAACCUCCAGGAGACCUCCCAGGCGAUCGAGGUCUGCCACGCCGUGAAGAUCAAGACCGUCGUGCUCGACCUCGCCCUCGUCACCACCCCUCAAGGCGACGAGGCGAUCCGGCGGCUCCGGGAGGCGAUCGCGGGGCUGGACGUGGGGCUGCUGGUGAACAACGCAGCCGUGAACACGCCCGGCGCGGUGUACCUGCACGAGGCGGACAUCGAGCGGUUCGUGCGAAUGAUACGGGUGAACCUGUGGGGGCUGACGGAGGUGACGGCGGCGGUGCUGCCGCGGAUGCUGGCGCGGGGGAGGGGCGCCGUCGUCAACGUCGGCUCGGGCUCCACGGUGGCCGUCCCGUCCUUCCCGCUCUACACCGUCUACAGUUCCACGAAAAAGUAUGUUGCUCGGUUCUCCAGAUGCCUUUACGUCGAGUACAGGAGCAAAGGAAUCGACGUCCAGUACCAGGUUCCGUUCUACGUGCACACGCGCAUGCUGUCGAGCGCCGUGAAGGCGAAGCUCCGGCCGUGGUUCGUGGCGACGGCGGACGAGUACACGCGCACGGCGGCGCGGUGGAUCGGGAGCGGCCCGCUGUGCGUGCCCGGCGCCGCCCAGAAGCUCCAGUGGUGCCUCACUGGAUUCGUCCCCGACUGGGCCCACGACUGGUACCGGAUCCGCCUGCACCUGCAGCACAGAGCCGUCACCCGGGGCGCUCGCCGGGCCGUCAUCCCCGAUGGCGGCAGUUCAUCACGGGGUCAGUUGAUCGCCAUCGGCAAUUCAUCAUCAGGGGGGCCAAAUUAAAGGUCAGGGACUAAUUGGCAGGGCCCCGGCCCUAUCUGCCUUAAGUUGUGGUGGUAUAAAGUUUAACAGUGACAUAUAAUAUCAUGCAAAUUGAAUAAGGUGGUGAU